AUGUCAAAAAAAUUAUCUAUUUUACAGGUGUCUCUUGGAACUGAAAAUGCUGGAUCAAGUGAGAAAAUUAAAAAACAGAACAUAGAGGAGGAAGCUAUGAAGGAUUUCUUUCUCGCUGUAGGAGAAGAAACAACUAAAAAGGCCCAUCAAGAAGAGGAAAAGGAUGGACCAGCGGUCGAGAAGGAAUCAAACAAUUUGGACCCCAAAGAUCAGAAUAAUUUAACAAGCAGCCAAAAUGAUGCCUCGGAAAACCACAUUCCAGAUGAAGAGGUUAAGAGUUCUCAUUUUGUACCGGUGGAGGAGGACUUAGAAACAACAGCUUCCACUGACAAGAAGGAUAUUAUGACCAUAAAAGAAAAUCUUGAUGUUUCAUCUACUCCAAACACACCAGACGAAGAAGCACCCAAGGGAAAAGCAGUCAAUGAGCCCCAGGAGGCCCCUCACCAAGAGCCUACAGAGCUGAUUCACAAAAGCAUCAUAACAAAUGAAGUGAACACAGAAAGCACUACAGAAAAAAUUGUUGCAAAGGAAUUCAUUGAAGUUGGGAAGCUUAAGACAACCUCUUCAGACUUGGUAUCUAACCCAAGUAACAUUGUAGAAGACUUACAUCCAAAAGAGCAAGAGGUACCCACCAAUAAAUCCAAUGCUUCAUCUCUCACUGAGAUUUCACAAGCAAAAACACCAAAGCAAGAAGGCCAUAUGACAGAAGAUGAAGAAAGAAACAGUUGGGUGUUGAUCAAGCUAGAAACAGGUGAAACAAGCCUAGAAACAGGAGAGAAUGAAGGGUAUCCCAUUAACAAUGAGGCUCCAGUGCAAGAAAUUUUAAAGAAGGAUGCCAAGGAGAUGAAUGAUGCUGACGCCAAUAUUGCAAAUAGGGGAGAAACUCCAGCUCCAAAAUGGCAAGAAAGGGUGAUUUUCCCAUCCACUGAACAGACCAUUGAAGAAAGUAGCAUCAGAGACAGCCCUGAAGUGCCUGAUACUACAGGUAACUUGGUCUUUGAAGAGCAGAGCCAUGUAAAGACCAGUUUGAUGCAUGAAAUUGAGAAUUCAAAAAGCACCAACUUCGAGGAUGCUGACACCUUUGAGAAGAUUUCUAUAUCUGAUGCCCAGCCUUCAGACAGAGAGUUACCCCAAAAAGUGGAUAGUGUGAUGCUCCCAGAAGUCACUGAAAUCUCCCAAAACAUUGAGAAGCUUGAAAAGGCAGCUGAUGCAACAACUGAAGAGAGUACACAGACAAAGAUACAGACUAGAGAUAUAGAUAAUCCAUCAGUGCCACAACAUUCAAUUGUGGAAUCCAAAGAGGGAGAUGAAGUAGAAGAUCAUGGACCCGGAGAAGCAAUGGGAACUGAAUCAAAAGAGAAAGGGGUAGAAUACAGCGGAGAAAUUAUAAUGGAAGAUGUUAAGCCAAUGCACAAGAAAUCUCACAAUAUACUGUCGGGUGUAGGGUCCAAGGUCAUGCAUUCAUUUGCAAAGGUAAAGAAGGUAAUUGCUUGUACGCACCCCCCUCCCGAAGCCACCUACACCAAAAUAAGAAAAUGAGUAGCUUGGUGGCUGUUUAAGAACAGUUGGGACAUGCUCAGAUUGGAAAAUGUGUGUGGUGUGGCUUGAAUAUUGCAUUGCAUUGUAAAUAUAUGAUGAGUACAGAAGUUUGAGUGUGGCGUGAAGUUGUGUGUUUUUUAUUGCAUGGAGUUGUGUAAUUUGAGUAACAUAGAUUUUUCCAUUUUGUACAAAGUCAUGUAAACAUGAAAGAGUUCCUACUUCAUUGUGAAUAAUAGAAAUACAGUAAUAUAUUCUUUGGGUUUGUACAGUCA